AUAGCAUCGUUUCCCAGAAAGAGGUAACAUGGCGGCUCUCUGGUUCCUAUCCUGCCUGGCGCUUUUCAGUGCCGCCCAAGGCUGUGGUGUCCCCAAGAUCCAGCCUGUCAUCAGUGGCUACACCCGCAUUGUCAACGGAGAGGAGGCAAUUCCUGGAUCGUGGCCCUGGCAGGCUUCCUUGCAGGAGAAAUCCGGUUGGCACUUCUGCGGUGGAUCUCUGGUCAGCGAGCGCUGGGUUGUGACCGCAGCCCAUUGUGGUUAUAUGAUGCAUAUUAACACACUCUGGUGUGGGGUGUUCUUCCUCCUCCAGGUCUUCACCCACCCAGAGUGGGACCCCGUGGCCAUCAACAACGACAUCGCCUUGAUCAAACUGGCCACUCCGGCCGAGCUGACCGACACCGUGUCCCCCGUUUGUCUGACGGACGUCACCGACGGGUUCAAGAGCGGAGACCUCUGCGCCACCAGCGGAUGGGGAAAGACACGCUACAAUGGUGGGCUUUUAAUGGGACCUUGAGUAGGACAAGAGUUG